AACACUCCCCAAAGCCAAAAAACAUUAUCCAAAUUCACUUGGUUGGAAACACAAGGGUCUAGAUAUGCCACCACCAUGAGUUACUCAUUGGACUGAGAGAAUACAGACUCAGAAACAAGAAAGAAAUGUUAUUGGACUGAGAAUAAUACCCAUGAUGACAAUGAGCAGCUGUCUACAUUGUCAAUCUCCAUUCUUUCCCAUGCUUUCACACCACAAAUUAAACCAACAACCAAACACAGCCCAGCUGCUUUGGCUCACCAGAAAUCAACCUAACAGGCAGAUGCACAACGAAAACAGUUGUAUGAAGACAAAGGCUUUCUCCAUUACCACUUCACUUGUUCUUGGUGUUGCUUCACCGGCUAAGCCCGAUGUAUCGGUCUUUCUCGGGACAAGUGCCGUACUUCUAUUCAUGUACUGGAUUUCCAAUUUCGUGGUGCCAGAGCUCAUUCUGAAGGAUCUCCAGUCCGACCAGACAAGUGGAGACCAGAAACCUGAUGCUGAGAAUAAUCUCGUAGAUUUUGAUAAUCAAAGCACAUCCGCGGGCAGUAAAAGCUCGCAAACGAAGAAAAGCCGUAGCUUCAAGAGCACCAAGCUAUGAUAACAUGAUAAGAAAUUAGUUGAGCAUCUUGACACCGUGAAAUUGUAGCGAAGAUCAAAUGAAUCUUCUCAUUUCUCAUUCCUGCUGAAGUACAAACAUAAAUGUUUCUAAUCUAAAAGAAAUCAAAGUCCUUCCCUGA